AUGACUCAAAAUAUUUACGACAAUGCCGAAUUCUUCGCUGAAUAUUCCGCGCUUGACCGAUCCAUCAAGGGUCUCGAUGGAGCCCCAGAAUGGCCGCGGUUGAGAUCUUACAUCCCAGACCUCAAAGGCCUUGAUGUCCUUGACCUUGGCUGUGGCUUUGGAUGGUUUGCUCGCUGGGCACGAAGCACUGGAGCCAGCACGGUUCGAGGCAUUGAGAUUUCCAACAAUAUGCUCAGUCGAGCACGAGCCAUGACCAAUGACACAAAAAUCAUUUAUGAACAAGCCGAUCUCGACAACACCAACCUUUCCGAAUAUGGUACCGACAAAUACGAUGUGGUCUUUAGCUCACUGACGCUGCACUAUCUUGUCAAUUUACCAGAGCUCAUUCAACAAGUGCAGACUGUUCUCAAACCAGGAGGAACAUUUGUCUGCUCAAUCGAACAUCCCAUAUACACAGCGCCAAGCAAAGCUGAAUUUAUCACUGAUGCGGUAUCAGGACGAGAAUACUGGCCACUUGAUAACUAUCAGAAGGAGGGCCUUCGGGUGACAGAUUGGCUAGCGGAAGGAGUCCAGAAACAGCACAGAACUGUCGCUAGUUAUGUUAACCUGCUUCUCAAGGCAGGGUUUCGGAUAGCAGAAUUCGAUGAGUGGUGUCCCACGCCGGAACAGAUGGAAAAGUGUGGUUGGCAUCGAGUAUUGGAAAGACCGGUUUAUCUUUUAAUUUCAGCUGUGAAGAAUUGA